GGCAGGCUCAGCGAUACCAGCUUCCCAGAACGGCCACACACCUUCUCCUUCACCCCCAAAACAAGCCCUAAACAUGGCUGCUGACCGUAAACACGUCGCGCAGUUGAAAUCCGAACUGUACUUCCUAAUAGCCCGAUUUUUAGAAGCUGGACCUUGUCAGGACGCGGCAGAGACCUUGAUACGGGAGGUUCAGGAGAAGGAGCUGUUACCCAAAAGGAUUGACUGGACUGGCAAAGAACACCCAGGGAGUUACGACAAUUUGGUGAAAUUGUACAGGCACAUUUCUCCUGAUCACCUGUUGCGGGUGUGUGAGAGAGUUAGUCCUCUUUUAGAGAGGGAAGUGCCAGCCAGCGUACCUGGAGUCAACUCACUGCUUGGAGCCGGACGUCAGUCAGUGCUACGUUCCAACAAGAGUUGUAAGCACGUGGUAUGGAAGGGAUCCGCCCUCGCAGCCCUGCACUGUGGCAGGCCACCCGAGCCGCCAGUCAUCUAUGGAAGCCCGCCCAAUAUUGUGGAGACAACCUACAGUCGGAGGCUGAACGGCUCAUAUCGACUGGGUCAGCUGGUCCCUACAGCUGUUUACCAACACAUGAAGAUGCACAAGAGAAUUCUGGGACACCUGUCAUCUGUGUACUGCGUUACCUUCGACCGAACUGGUCGGCGCAUCUUCACAGGUUCGGACGACUGUUUGGUGAAGAUCUGGUCGACGGACAAUGGGCGUUUGCUGGCGACACUGCGAGGUCAUGCGGCAGAGAUUUCAGACAUGGCUGUGAAUUCUGAAAACACCCUACUUGCAGCCGGCAGCUGUGAUAAAAUGAUCAGAGUGUGGUGCCUGCAGACCUGUGCCCCGUUGGCAGUCCUAGAGGGCCACGCAGCAUCCAUAACAUCAUUACAGUUCUCUCCUUUGUGUAGUGGCAAUAAGAGAUUCCUAUCCUCUACUGGUGCUGAUGGUACCAUCUGUUUCUGGCAGUGGGACGCAAGCACACUAAAAUUUGGGCAGCGGCCCAGCAAAUUCACAGAGCGACCCAGACCUGGUGUCCAGAUGAUCUGUUCCUCUUUCAGUGCAGGUGGAAUGUUUCUGGCCACAGGCAGCACUGAUCACAUCAUUAGGGUUUAUUACUUUGGAGGUGGACAACCAGAGAAGAUAUCUGAGCUGGAAUCUCACACUGAUAAAGUCGACAGCAUCCAGUUCUCCCAUGGUGGAGAUAGGUUUGUGAGUGGCAGUAGAGAUGGCACAGCACGGAUAUGGCAGCUGCAGCAACAGGAUUGGCGGAGCAUACUGCUGGACAUGGCCACUAAACUACCCGGCAAGUACAACCCUCCACCUUUAGAGGACAAAGUUACAAAACUAAAGGUCACCAUGGUGGCCUGGGAUUGCCAUGACAACACAGUCAUCACCGCUGCCAACAACUUGACAUUGAAAGUGUGGAACUCCUACACAGGGCAACUCAUUCAUGUAUUAAUGGGGCAUGAGGAUGAGGUGUUUGUGUUGGAGCCACAUCCAUUUGAUUCCAGAGUGCUCUUCUCUGCUGGACAUGAUGGUAAUGCAAUUGUCUGGGAUCUGGCGAGAGGAGUCAAAAUACGUUCUUACUUCAACAUGAUUGAGGGUCAGGGCCACGGCGCAGUGUUUGACUGUAAGUGUUCUCCAGAUGGGCAAAACUUUGCUUGCACAGACUCGCAUGGCCACCUGCUUAUCUUCGGCUUUGGGUCUAGCAGCAGAUAUGACAAGAUAGCUGAUCAAAUGUUCUUCCACACUGAUUAUCGGCCGCUGAUCCGUGAUGCCCAUAACUUUGUGCUGGACGAACAGACACAGCAGGCUCCUCACCUCAUGCCCCCGCCGUUCCUGGUGGACGUGGAUGGGAACCCUCACCCCCCACGUUACCAGCGACUAGUUCCUGGUAGAGAGAACUGCAGGGAGGAACACCUUAUUCCACAGAUGGGCCUCACAUCAUCGGGGCUGAAUCAGGUGGUUAGUCAGCAGGCUGCAGAAGGCUCUAGUCCUCUUGAUAGUAUGAUCCAGAGACUACAGCAAGAACAGGACCAGAGACUGGGGUCUGACACAAGAGCUAAUAGAGGAUCUGUCAGUUCCCCCACAGAGGUCUCUUCUCCUCCUAACGUGGGGCUGAGGCGGAGCGGACAGAUUGAAGGUGUUCGGCAGAUGCACAGUAAUGCGCCACGCAGUCAAAUUGCCACAGAGAGAGACCUGGUGGCCUGGAGCCGACGGGUCCUUGUACCUGAACUAUCACCAGCCAUAGCCUGUAAGCAGGAAAUGUGGCGUACAGCUAAAGGAGAGGAGGAGAUCAACAUCUACAGAUCAGAAAGGAGGAGACGCAGUAUACACAGCCAGUACCACAGAGAAAACCGGCACGCUAUAGAAAGUGCAGUGGAGGAGGGGCGGCGUCACCAGGGCAACCAGCACAACUACCAUACACGUUUGGCAGUGGAGGAGACGAGUCGUCAGAGUGAACCCAAUGAGGAAGAGCACAGCGCCUCUGAGGGAGAGGCAGAUGUAAGACCUCCAGAGAGCAGAGAAUCAUCAGAUGAGGAGAGAGAGGACAAAGAACCCUGGCCUGAUGAUAACAGCAGCUCCAGUGAGUACUCUAGCGAUUACUCAGAUUGGAUGGCAGAUGCUGGCAUAAACCUAGAACCACCCAAGAAGACCAAUGUGAAGAAAAAGAAGAAGAAUGCCAGCAGUUCGGAAGAAGAUGGAGAAAAGAAAAAAGAGUCCAAGAAGGAGAGGAGAAAAGAAAAGCAAGACAAAGAAGGAGCACUACCAAAGAAAAAGAAGCCAAAUGAGAAACGGAAGAGGAUACCUGAAAUCCAGAACCAGGGUUUGACAUUAGAGGAAUGGUUACCAUCUCCCUGGAUUACUGAUACCAUGCCACGGAGAUGCCCCUUCACCCCACAGAUGGGCGAUGAGGUAUAUUAUUUCCGUCAAGGCCAUGAAGCAUAUGUGGAGAUGGCCAAGAAAAACAAGAUCUUCAGCAUAAAUCCUAAAAAACAGCCCUGGCACAAGUUGGAGCUCAGGGAGCAGGAACUCUUGAAGAUUGUGGGCAUUAAGUAUGAGGUUGGCUUGCCUACUCUGUGCUGUCUGAAGCUGGCCUUCCUGGACCCAGACACUGGCAAACUGACGGGUGGCUCUUUCUCUAUGAAGUACCAUGACAUGCCUGAUGUCAUCGACUUCCUGGUACUUCGGCAGCAGUUCGAUAAUGCAAGACAACGGAACUGGAUGAUAGGUGAUCGUUUCCGCACGGUGAUAGAUGACGCCUGGUGGUUUGGUACGAUUGAGAGUCAGGAGCCUUACCAAGCUGAAUAUCCAGACUCUCUGUUCCAGUGUUACAAUGUCUGCUGGGAUAAUGGAGACUCGGAAAAGAUGAGCCCAUGGGACAUGGAGGAGAUUCCCAAUGAAGCAGUGUUUCCUGAUGAGUUAGGCUUGAGUGUGCCUCUAACUGAAGAAGAGCAGAAGGCGUUAUUGUACAAGCCUCUAGAUGGAGAGUGGGGCUCAUGCACACGUGACGAAGAGUGUGACCGCAUCAUCAGGGGCAUUGACCAGCUUUGUACUUUGGAUGUGGCUGUACCAUUUGCACUGCCAGUGGACUUGCAAGCAUAUCCAACAUACUGCACUGUGGUUGCUUAUGUCACAGAUUUGAGUACCAUACGUCACAGACUAGAGAACCGUUUCUAUAGGCGAAUGUCGUCAUUGAUGUGGGAGAUACGCUACAUUGAACACAACGCUCAAACCUUUAAUGAACCAGGCGCGUUCAUUGUCACAACAGCCAAAUUUGUAUCUGACCUCAUGCUGCAAUUUAUCAAGGACCAAAGUUGUACAGAUAUUUUCCCACUAUAUAAUAGUAUGAAGAAAACAGCUUUCUCAGAUUCAAGUGAUGAUGAGGAUGAAGAAGAGGAUGAGGAGCAUGAAACACCUUGUACAUCUACCCGCAAUAAGAAGGGCCAGCAGCAACAGCCCAUCCUUAGGAGUCUGCGCAGUAAACCGUCAUCAGACCCCGAGGCCUGGAAGGGGUGCUGCAAAGGGCUGCUGAAGCUCAUCUUUCAGUGUGAAGAUUCAGAGCCUUUCAGGCAACCUGUGGAUCUGGAGGAGUAUCCGGACUACCUGGACAUUGUGGACACUCCUAUGGAUUUUGGUACUGUCUUGAAUCGCCUGUUAGCAGGAGAGUAUGACACUCCCAUGGAUCUUUGUAAAGAUGUACGACUAAUCUUCAGCAACUCCAAAGCCUACACACCCAGCAAAAAGUCCAGGAUUUAUAGCAUGAGUCUACGAUUGUCCGCUCUGUUUGAAGAGCAUAUCAGUUCGAUCCUGACUGAUUUUAAAGCUGCUCAAAGUCUGCACAGUGAGCGAUUCACUCGACAGCGCCUGCACACGGAACGCUUGACCAGACAGUCUGUGAAGAGGAGGAGGAGCUCUUCCCCUUCAAGCACCGCCUCUAGUCCAGAAAGGAAAAGGCGGGUCUCUUCUCGUGCCCUCCCACGAUCUGACAAUGCAGUUCCACCCACUCCUGCUGGACCCUCCCGGACCCCUUCUUUACGACACACACAUCCACAAAUCAACGGAAAGGCUGAGCCUCAUGUUGCCCCAGGACGGACGCGUAGCUCCGCCCGCUUCGGAACUCAACCCACAGAUCCGCCUACUGCGCAGUCACCUCCUCCCCCUCCCCCCACCCACAUUAAAACAGCGGAGCCCUCCUCCAGAGUUCUACGUGCUCAGAAUUCUCACUCCACUGGCAUCUCCAGGGAAACAGAGAGUUCUGCAGUCCCCCAAACAAAUGAGGGUAGGGCCAGAGAGUCUCGUAGGAAGCUUCGAACACCUGUUAAACUCACACCAGGUCCAGUUAACCACUCUUCUCCUCAGAACAGUGUGCAUUUGAAUGGCCAUACAAGUCAAGCUAAUGUGGGAGCAGGAAGAAGAGGGCGGGGUAGACCCAGAUUAGACGUACAAAUAAGGACACCCAUAGUAGAGCCAACCCCCUCACCACAGCCCUCUAGCAGAAAGAGAGGGAGGAAAAGCAAGAAAGAGAUGGAGGCCUUACAAAGAAACUCCACCCAUGAGGAGGAGCUUGUUCUGUCUACUAGUGAUGAGGGUGGGGCUUCUUCUACAGCCCAGGACAGUAGCCUUUCAGAUUCUGUCUUGACUCCAGAACAUCCAAGACAACGAGGUAGACCACGACAGAUCAGGACGACUGAUCAAACCGCACAUACACCGGCUAUUUCAAGCCCCAAAACUCUAAGAAGGAGCAGUCGACGCAGCAUUGAAGAGACCACGCCUCCUGAUCCAGGCCCCACCCUGAGGGAGGAGCCAGAAAUGUAUAUGAGCGAGGAUGGGAGCUCUAAAGGGCAAAUGAGAACGCGCAACCAGGGCCGAAGGACAGCCUUUUAUAAUGAGGAAGACUCUGAGGAAGAGCAAAGACAACUUUUGUUUGAAGAUGCCUCGAUCACUUUUGGCACGUCGAGCAAGGGGAGAGUCCGCAAGCUCACUGAAAAGGCCAAAGCCAACCUCAUUGGCUGGUAAACGAUGCCAACUUUGCAUGUCCUCUGUGACAAAACCCCUUAUCCCCACUACACUGGGGAGGGGAACCAUUCUGCUGCUAUCAAACUGUCAUGAUCACAUGAAUCUUUGAUUCUGACUCUCUAAAUUGAUCUUGAAUCUUCUACUUUUUGUUUUGGUGAUUUAACAAGGCAGUCUCAUGAAAAGUCACUGCCCAUUAUGAAAGGGACUGAAAGCCCCCAUCUUGAACAUUUCUUCCACAGAAAAAUCACAAAUGCAGUUUAAUAUUGAUUUCAUAUGCACUAUUUGAAUGCCAGUAAAGAAAGGUACCUGCCUACUUAGUCUUAUAAAAAUCCAAAUAUCUGAUUUCAUCUCUCACGAACACACUUAUGUGUGAGUGUUUGAUGUUUGAUUGUGUGUGUGGAAAAUAACAAGCUUUUAGUCUGUCUUGUCUCUCUUUAACUGUUAAUUUUAUGCAUUGUUUUUACAGAGUUGUUGCUAAUGGUAACAAAUCAGACACUUCUUCGAAGUGUUGGUGGCUUUUAAGCUAUAGUGGAGCAAGUGCAAAGAAGGACCAUGUGAUUUUUUUUCUUCGGUUUUGUCUUUUAAUGUCUUUCUCUACAAGUCAACAAAUAUCAGUAGCAGUGGUAAUUUGCAUGUUUUUAUAUAAUUAGCAAUACCUUGUGCCUUUUCAUACUUUCAAUACAUCAUGGUUCCUUUGUACUCCCCAUUAUGUGUAUAUGUGUGGGUUUUUAAUGCUUUACUGUAUUGAUUUAUUCAGUACACACGUGUCAUUGAUCUGUUGCUGGGAUAGAGAUUAGUGAGCAGUAUAUCUCUACAUAACGUGUGUGUGUGUGUGCGUUGAGUUUUUGAGGUGUGAAAUUAUUAAUUAUUAUUAUUAUUAUUGAUGAUGAUAUAAUGGCAUUCUGCGCCUCAGUAUGCAGACAGUACAUUAUUUUUAAUGUAUUUGUGAAUGCACUGUGAUCCCACUAAGAGAAUAUCCAUAAUCACUGCAUACAAAUACAGUGGCCCAACAAAGUUUUUGGACACUUAAGACACUUAAAAUAUUUGUAUGUCACUACAUAGGUAGAAAAAUAUCAACCCUAGUGGAGAAACAGCACAAGCACACUUUUCAAGUAAAAUACUUCACAAAAACAAUUAAAAAAAAAUUGUCAUGGAAAUAUCAGCAGGGUUCACAAAUCGGUAAGCGUGAUUCAUUCAUUAGUGAAUCAGUCUGAACACAGUUAUUUUUAAAAAUACGUUUAAAAAAGUUUCCAGGAAUGACAAACAACUUGAAAACUAAAAGUCAAAGAUAAAUUACAAAAAAUUAAUAAAAUUGUAAAACCUUGUGGAAAUUUCUGAGUUUUUACAUUUUGUAGUUAUGCUGUACUAAUCCUAUAACAUAUUUCUUAGUUUAGAAAUUACUUGUAAGUAAUCUCUAUAAAAUUAUACAAAUAAAAAAAAAUACCAAGUAUUUACAAACAACUAGAAUAGUAUAAAAAUAAAUAUCACACAAAACUCAUGGAAAAGAAAUGGAAAUGAAUUGGUCACAAGGUGUGGGAACUCUGAUUAAAUAUACUGUAAAACAAAUUUGGAUAAGUAUUUAGAUACUUUCUGAUUGUCAAUCUUGAACAUGUCCAUAGAUAAUGUGAUGAAUUGUGGUUAUGACUUGCAUCCACUAAAAAUCCAACUGGCUGAAAAAGAAUGCCUAAGAGUGUAAAGUUAUCACUUUUAUCUAAUGCAGUGAAAUUCAUAUAUUUUAACUGCAUCGUAAGUUUCCAUAUAGUGCAUUACGAAAGUAUUCAGACCCCUUCAUUUUUUUCCCACAUUUUGUAAGCCUUAUGCUAAAAUACUUUAAAUUAUAAUAUUCUUUUUUUUACAUCAAUCUACACGGCAUACCCCAUAAUGGCAAAGCAAAAACCAGAUUUUUGAUAACUUUGCAAAUUUAUUAAAAAGAAAAAAAUGAAAUAUCACAUUGACAUUAAUAUAAAGACCGUUAGUUGAAGCCCCCUAGUCUUUUGGGUAUGAUGCGACAAGCAUUUCACUCCUUGAUUUGGGGAUUUUCUGCCAUUUUUCUCUGCAGAUCCUCUCAACUUCUGUCAGGAUAGAUAUGGACAGUCAGUGGACAGCCAUUUUCUGGUCUCUACAGAGAUGUUCGAUUGGGUUCAAGUCCGGGCUCUGGCAUUCUCAGAGUUGUCCCUAAGCCACUCUUGCGUAAUCUUGGCUGUCCUGUUGGAAUGUGAACCUUCGGCCCAGUCUGAGAUCCCGAGCACUCAUGACCAGGUUUUCAUUAAGGAUAUCUAUGUAUUUUGCUGCAUUGAGAUUUCCUUCAACCCUGACCAGUCUCCCAAUCCCUGCCACUAAAUAACAGUCCCACAGCAUGAUGCUACAACCACUGUUGUGAUGGUAUUGUGCAGUUGAUGAGCGGUGCCUGGUUUCCUCCAGGCCAGACAGUUCAAUCUUCAUAUCAUCAGACUAGAUAAUCUUGGUUCUCACAGUCUGAAAGUCCUUUAGGUGCUUUUGCUGCAAAUUCCAAGUGGGCUUUCAUGUGGCUUGCACUGAGGAGAGGCUUCCGUCUGGUGUUGCAGUGAAGGCUGUCCUUCUGCAAGUUUCUCUCAUCUCCACACAUGAUCUCUGGAGCUCAACCAGAGUGAACAUCAGGUUCUAUGUCACCUCUCUUACCAAGGCCCUUCUCCCCCUAUUGCUCAGUUUGGCCUGGCGGCCAACUCUAGGAAGAGUCCUGGUUGUUCCAAACUUCUUCCAGUUAAGAUUAAUGGAAGCCACUGUGCUCUUGGGAACCUUCAAUGCCUCGACAGAGUCCUGUCUCUGAGCUCUGCAGGCAGUUCCUUUGACCUCAUGGCAUAGUUUUUGCUCUGAUAUGCAUUUUCUGUUGUGAGACCUUAUUUAGACAUGGUGUGGUGUGUGCCUUUCCAAAUCAUUCCCAGUCAAUUGAAGUUGCCACAAAUGGACUCCAAUCAAAGUGUAGAAACAUCUUAAAGAUGAUCCAGAGAAAUGGGAUGCACCUGAGCUAAAUUUCAAGUGUCAUAGCAAAGGGACUGAAUACUUAUGUCAAUGUGAUAUUUCAGUUUUUUCUUUUUAAUACAUUUGCUAAGUUAACAAAAAUCAGUUUUUUGUUUUGUUGUUAUGGGGUAUGGAGUGUAGAAUGAUAUGAAAAAAUAUAUAAUUUAAAGCAUUUUAGCAUAAGGCUGCAACAUUACAAAAUGUGAAAAAAUGAAGGGGUCUGAAUACUUUCUUAAUUCACUGUACUUGUUGAGGCCACUGUAUGCUCGUAAAAAACACUAUUGAUAGAGUUAAUAAUGUGUGCGUGUAGUGAAUUUGAUUGCCUUGUGGUUUCAGUACUCUACCUGUGUUUCUUCCUGCACUGAGUGAUUUCUCUGUUUUUGGCCAAAUCAUUACUAUAGAACUGUACAUUUCAUUAGUAGAGAGAGCUUUGCUUUUGCCUGAUCACAUUGAAACAUGUUUUGGUUAUUUUGCAUUCUUCAUCGGAUGCAUUGGCUUAGUAGAUACCACAGGGCAGCGAAUGACACAAGAGGCAGUGUGUGUGUAAGUCGUAUUCUGUUUUGAAUGUGCCUUGACUUUGUGUAUGUGCAUGUAUGAGAGCAAAGAUAUUGAAAUCUGGAGAUAAAAAAUUAAGAGUUCAUGUAUUGUGACCCACAUAUAUAGCAUAGUCUGUUUUUUAUGAGAGAUGAAGUCAGCCUGGAUGACAUUCAGCCUGGUUUGUUGCCAUGUAAUUUUCUAGUUUCUUACAUAUUCGCUUCAGUUUUGGUCUGGAUCAUCCAUAGUGAUAGUUUACAGAGCAAAUCCUGCCCAUAGCUUUAAAACUGGUUUGAUGAACCAAAGCCUAUUGAACGUGUGCGUGUGGGCGUUUAUAUGAGACUGUAUAGUGGGUUUGUGUGUAUGUUGCUGUUGUAUAUGCAGUUAAUGCAUGUCUGUGAGUGUGCGUGACCAUGUCCUUAUGUACAUGCCCCAUGUUUUAUUGAGCUGGUGUUUAUAAUCUGUUGCUUCAUGAAAACUGUAUUAUAUCAGAUUUUUGACCCCUCUGUUACCACCAUACUGCACAGGAAGUGACAUCACACAGGCAUUGACAGAUUUUGGAGUGGAGAUCAAAGAUGGAUGCAUGUUAGUAUAUUCUCGGGUAUUUAACUCUGAAGGUACAGUCAUGUUGUGGGGUCAGGGUCUUUUUCCUCUCUGGUCUUAUAUCUUUUGACUGAGAGUUAUUUCUAUGUUAGUUUGUAUACUUUUAUAAAGGAAAGAGUGUAAAUAAAAAACGUUAAAUAGACUGUUUGUGUAGGGUGUACUGCUGUCACAUUAGUUCAUACUGAUAUUUUAAGGAAAUAAACAUUUGUUUUUCCACAUACUGCCUUGUCCUUUUUCUCGAUUGCAUUUUAGGAAACUUUUUC